AUGAGGAGAAACGCUGGUGUGAAGGAAAAGUUCAGGUCUAUCACCGGAGCUGAUCCAGUGAGUGAAAGGUUUGGACGGGUGAGUGUGGUUAUGAGUAGAGUUCGAGACCUGAUCUUCGGGUGGCGAUCGGGUCUACCGUCGAUGUGGUUAUCGGGUGAAGAGUCGUUGUCCCGACCGUCCAGUAGUAGUGCUAACACUCACCACAACCUCCAGACUCUACCGACCCUUCAGUCCGCACAGACGCUGACCGGCUCUCAAUCCCAUUACGGCAUCGCCAACAACAACAACACCGCCAUCGCCUCCAACGCAUCCAACCCUCACAUCACUUCAUUCGCCAAUCCAUUGCUGGCCAUCGAAGCCGACACUCGACACGGCUCGGAGAGUUUGCCACGAAAUUUACAGUCCCUUAAAAAGCCUAAUCUCUUCACCAAAAGUACUCAAAAGCAGGGAAUAUAUCAGAGAUCGCUGUCUCUGUUCGCCAAUGGUGUCAGUCCUUUGCUCCGGAAGAAGAAAUCCAAAGCCAAUACCAAUAACUCAUCUGCUGUUAACCCAAAUGUGUCCGAUUCUGAUGGACUCAUAGCGGCGAUCGGCUCCUCAAGUCUCGCCCGAAGACGUCGUAAAUCAGAGCCCAUUAUGUUUAGCUAUGACUCCAUAACUAAUGAGAUAUCAAGACUACAGCAAAGACAGGAACAAAUACUCGAGAAUCUCAACCUUGACUUCGAAACAAUGCUUAUGAAUGACACCAACACUGGACUUAUCAGCGGUUCCUCCAACAGCAACAAUGGUUCCUCACUUAACAACAUAUCUCCCAAUUCUAACAGCAAUAAUACGGGAGAUUACGGCCGAACCGUGCAAUCGAUGCCAUUUAAGGAACCCUUUUAUAUGCUGUACGAGGAGUCGCACCGACAGAAUCGCGCCGAAGACAACAUCUACGAAGAGAUCGAUUUCCUAACCCUGUCGUCACUUCGCGCCCAAUACGCCGAUACACUCAGUCUUCAAAGUUAUAAGAAAAAGGACAGCAAAAGAUCGUUGGGUUCUUCGAGUUUCACGCGUUGGUUCUCAACCAGAAAGAAGUCUUCGCCGACUUCUCUCAACAGUGAGGACGAGAAUCCAUACAUUGAUAUAAAGCUGUCCAAAAAGCAAAGGCCUCCCAUAUGUCUGCCGGAAAUGCCUCCGCAGGGCUUGACUCAGGAACAGCUGAAGAGAAGAUAUAUAAUUGGGUCGAUAGUAGACUCGGAAAACUCUUACAUUAAUUCUUUGCAACGAAUUAUUUCCGAAUACAAGAAGCCUUUGGAAGAAUCAAAUCCAAGUAUUUUGAGUCAGAAUAAAAUCAAUGUAAUCUUCUAUCGAUUGGAACAAAUACUUCAAUGCCAUACCAUCUUUGGUAUAGCUUUGAGUCAAUGCGUUAGAGAAUGGGAUGAGAAGGAGAGGAUCGGCGAUGUAUUCAUCGCCUCCUUCUCUAAAUCGAUGGUUUUAGACAUAUAUUCGGAUUUCAUAAACAACUUCACGAAUGGUAUGGAAACGGCGAGAAAGGCGUCCAAAUCCAAGUCGUCGUUCGCGCAGUUCUUGCGCGACAAAUCGCUCUCUAGUCCCGAUCGGCUCAGCUUUUUUGGCCUUAUGGUUAAACCCGUGCAACGUUUCCCUCAAUUCAUACUCCUAUUGAGUGAUCUUCUGAAACACACUCCGGCCGAACACGAGGACAGAAUGUCACUACAGUUAGCGCUCACACAACUCGAAUCACUGGCCGAUCGACUCAAUGAACGCAAACGCGACGCCGAACGACACUUCGCUGUCAAACAACUACUUAAAGACUAUUUAAGUAACUCUACGACAAACUCUUCGCACCGAUUCCUCCUCCGACAGGACGACGUCUAUCAACUGGAUUUGGACGCCAGCACUGGACUCGUGAUGAAGACAAAGUGCCGUAAACUAUACUUAUUGAACGAUAUGUUGGUGUGUGUGAGCGUUCCGGCCAAUCGACUCAAGUUUGCCGUCUCUUUACAAGACGUGGACGCCAUCGAUGACGUGACCCCAGCAACCAAUAACCUCAUCGCCAAUUCACUCUUGAGAACCAAAGAAGCCACUUCUGCUUCCUCUCCCAAACACUGUACAGUCGAGCGAAUGUAUUGUGAUUUGAAUAAUUUGAUCCAUGAUUUGGAACUCUUGAGCCGUAUAUCCAAUUUGGUAUCCACUUUAAGAUAUCAAUACAAUGGACUAUCCGUUGAAUUAACCGAACAAAUAAGUGCUGAGAUUAGAGAAGAGAUUCGUCGAAAGGACGCACAAAUCACUCUCAUUGACAAGAGUUGUCUUCAGUUGAGGAUCCGCUCCAAGAAUUAUAAGGACAUAAUUUGCAUUCAGAUGACUGACCCGGAAGUGAAGCGCGAUUGGCUGAUAGACGUGCGUUUGGCGAAGUUGGCACUCGAUCGCGCCAAUAACCCCGCCUGGGAUAUAGUCACCGAAAACAUCUCUUCGUCGUCCAAUAACCUGAACGCUAUGGUUCCCCAACGCGUCCCACUCUUUGUCAAAUCGCUUCCAAUCUUUGCCACCAGUGAUGGCUCACAACUCAUAUGCGCUCUUCAUUACAAACUGUACCGAAGCGGUGAUGGACUCACUCUUGAAUCCGAUUCGGGUGUGCUUUGGAUUUGUAAUGUCAACGAAAGCGGUUCCCAAUUGGGCGCUCUGUCCACAAACGGCACUGAUAUAAGUCUGAUUCACUCAUACGAAUUGUGCGACUCUCACGUCACAUGCAUUGAAUCCGUGGGUUCUUAUUCAGUAUGGAUUGGUUUACGUCAGGGAAGGAUUAUAGUGAUUGACGCGAGUUCUCCCGCCGAAUGGCAACAGUUUGCGGCGCUCGACGUCGCGAGUGAAGUGACAUGUAUUAAACACUUCGGACAAUACGUUUACGUCGGACUCAUCACUGGAGUGGUGGCACUCUUUAACGCUACUCAUUAUGAAGAGCCCAUUAUUAUAACACUCACUCAGUGUCCCAUCACUUGUCUGUUGCCAAUCAAUGAGGAAGUGUUCGCGUGUUCUGACGACAAGAUUUGGAUCAUAAGUGGCGUCGAAGUGGAGCGCAGCUAUUCCUUGAGGUCCACCGACGAAGACUCAGAUAUUUGUCAAAGUAUUGAAGACAACGUUAAGCCAAAUCUUUUAGCGCAUUGUGGUAUUGGUUUGUGGGUGAGUCUCGUGGACUCGUCGAUCAUCAAACUGUUCCACACCGAGACCUUUAAGCACUUGCAAGACCUCAACGUUGCCUCUAAUGUCAAACGAAUACUAAACGAAGGCUCAGACGUGAAGAUUACGGUGACAUCAAUGUUGGCCACCAGAGGACUGCUAUGGGUUGGAACCAAUGUGGGAGUGAUAGUGACGUUGACUUUGCCUCGACUGCAAGGCGUGCCACUCAUAUCCGGAUGUCUGAAUGUGGCGCUUCACCGACACAUCGGUCCCGUCAAUAUACUCUUGAGUCUCAAUGCGGGCAUAGAGUCUCCCAAUUCGCCACAAAGUGUGCGAAACGCCGCCAAUAAGUCUGAUAGGGAUGUGAUGGACGCCAAGAACGAAGACGUGGAGUCUAUAUAUGGACUCUACUCUGAUUUGCUGAAUGUCGGCGAUUACGUGGGAGUGAGACGUCCAUCGCAUACCAUCACUACAACCAAAAUGGCGUGGGAUUUGUCUAAUAUGAAUAUAUCGGAUGACUCGACGUCGGAGAGCGCUUCCAGUAGUGCUAUAUAUCACGACGGAUCGCAUCAAAGGCCUCUUCAAACUCAACAAAACGCAAACUUAGUGUCUAUGACUCCGGACGACAUCAACGCUGGAGUGAAAGGCGCGCGAAAUCACAUCUACGAAAGUGGCAGUAAUUUAAGCUCAAGAACUGCAUCGACGGCCCGAUUAACUAAUAAUAUAUACGAAUGCAAUAAAUCUCAGCCAAAUGUGAGUCACGUGAGAAGACAGGAUCAGAUGAUACCCAUCUAUGACACGGCGCCCAACACUACCUGCAAUGUUAACAACAAAACAGCACUUCUACUGACCGGAGGCAACGGCUAUAAGAGGGGAACACUCAGUGAUACCCCGUAUUCUUCACUUCACGCCCAUUGCAUUGUCUGGGAAUACAAACUCUAGAGUCUAGACAACAAAGUGUGUCAACAUUUGUGGCAAUCAUUCAAUUUCAUUGACAUUUGUUUGACAUAUCAAUCAAACUAUGCAUUCAUUCUCUUUAUAUACGAAUAUUAUUUUAUAUUAAUUUUGUUUUAAUUGUAAUUAUAAUGUAAUUCAAUUCGUUUUGUGGAAAAACUCUAAUGUUUUAUAAUUUGAUUAUUUCGGAGAUUUUAUAUUGAAUUUUACAUAUAUUUGACAUCAAUUCUAAUUAUUUUCUAAUUAAUUGCAAAGCAAUAGACUGUAUAUAAGAAAUAGCUUUUAAUUUAAUAACUAUUACUUAAAAACAUUACUUUUUCUAAAUUAUAUCCAAUAAAACAAUUUAAAAACUAAUUUAUUAACAA